UCGCGUUGUCGAAGGACGAGGGGCAGGAGUGAGUGUGAUAAGGUCGGUUCGCGUUGACGCCCAAGUCAUCGCCCUGUCUUGCUCUCCAAGUCUUUGAUAGUAGAUUGCACCAACAAAUAUACAUAUAACUAACUAAUGCUAUGCGAUAACAAGGACAUCAAGUUGGCAUUAAUUUGAUCGAAAACGAAGAACCAAGAGAAACCAGAAUCUGCGAAGAACAAAGCCAUGGCUAGCACCACUGACAGUGAAGCUCACAAUCUCGAAUCGCUUCUUUCCUCCGAAGAAAGAGACUUCCUCGUCCGCAACAAUGGCGAUCAGGUUACGAUCAGUAAUUUGGUAGGGAAGACUGUGGGUUUAUAUUUCUCUGGUUCAUGGUGUGGUCCAUGCCGCGGAUUCACCCCUAAACUGGUGGAAGUCUACGAAGAGCUCUCAUCCAAAGGUGACUUUGAAGUUGUGUUCAUCUCCUCUGAUAGAGCUAAUGAAGCAUUUGAUCAGUACUUCGCCAAGAUGCCAUGGUUGUCCAUUCCAUUUUCUGAUUCCGGGUCAAUAAAGCGCCUCAAGGAUUUGUUCAAAGUUAGGGGAAUUCCUUGUCUUGUGAUCAUCGAUAGCAAUGGCAAGGUUUCAACUGAUAAAGGGGUUAGUAUCAUCAGGGAUUUUGGCUCAGAGGCCUAUCCAUUUACACCUGAAAGGAUCAAUGAUUUGAGAGAGGAAGAAGAAGCUGCCAAGAAGCAACAAACUUUGAGGUCCAUCUUGAUUUCAAGUUCUCGUGAUUUUGUGAUAUCAAACACUGGAACUGAGAUCCCAGUUUCAGAGCUCGAAGGGAAGGUGAUUGGCCUGUAUUUCGUGGUGGACGAUCACAGAGGAUGCACUGAAUUUACCACAAAACUUGUGGAGGUCUACAGAAAAAUCAAGGAUACGGGGGAGAAUUUUGAAGUUGUAUUAGUAUGGUUGGAUGAUGAAGAAGAAGAAGAAUCUUUCAAACAAAGUUUUGAUGCUAUGCCAUGGCUGGCUUUGCCUUUCAAGGACAAAAGCUGUGAAAAACUGGCUCGAUACUUUGAGCUUAGAGCCCUUCCCACACUGACCAUAAUCGGUCCAGAUGGGAAGACUCUACAUCCAAAUGUGGCAGAACUUGUUGAAGAACAUGGGGUUGAAGCCUACCCUUUUUCACCGGAGAAGGUGGCUGAGCUUGCCGAGAUUGAGAAGGCGAGACUUGAAGCGCAGACUCUGGAAUCCAUCUUGGUUUCAGGUGACACAGAUUUUGUGAUUGAAAAAAGUGGUUCCAAGGUCCCGGUGUCUGAACUUGUUGGGAAGAACAUUCUCCUCUAUUUCUCUGCCGAGUGGUGUCCGCCCUGCCGUGCCUUUCUCUCCAAGUUCAUCGAAAUCUACCAUGAGAUCAAAGCGAAAGACCAUGGAUUUGAAGUAAUUUUCAUCUCAAGCGAUCGCAACCAACCUGCUUUUGAUGAAUUCUUCUCAGGCAUGCCGUGGCUGGCUCUCCCCUUUGGCGAUGACAGGAAGGCGUUCCUCCAGCGCAGGUUCAAGAUCGGGGGAAUCCCGGCUGUGGUAGCCAUCGGCCCCAGUGGCCGAACACUCACCACACAGGCCAAGCAGCUCCUACAAGUCCAUGGUGCCGAUGCAUAUCCCUUCACGGAAGACCACUUAAAGAAGCAGGAGCAGAAGCACUUAAAGCAGCAGGAGCAGAAGCUGGAGGAAAUGACAAAGGGGUGGCCUGAGAAGGUGAAAACGGAACUGCAUCCGGAACACGAGCUUACUCUGACUCGCCGCUCGGCUUUCAUCUGCAAUGGGUGCAGGGAGAUAGGGCAUGCCUGGUCCUUUUUCUGCAAGCAGUGUGACUUUGAUCUGCACCCAAAGUGUGGUCUAAAGCAGGAUGAAGCAACAAAGAAUGGCCCAAAAGAGGGGUGGAGCUGUGAAGGAGAUGUCUGCAAGAAGAGCUGAGAAAAGACAGAUGAAAAUUAAUCAAGUCUUCUUCAAUGGAGGUGUGGUAUGAAAUAAGAGUAUAGUGUGGUGUCGUGUCGUGUGGUGUGGUGUGGUGUAAGCAUAAUGUAUUCUGUUUCAGACUUGGAACAAAUGUUCUUAUUGUUCUUCCACUCUGAAAUGGCCCAGUUCCAUGUCUCAAGCUUCAUAAUCUAAUGCUGUAGAACAAAUAUAUGGAGUCAUGGUUUGACAAAAAAUUUA